GGGGAGGGAUACUUGAGCGCUGUCGCACAACUACGGCACACUACUGGCUGUACUUUCCGACUUGUGCCGUUUGAGUCGGGCAGGUAGCGGUGGGUGAACGCGAGGAUACUCAAAAAUAGCCUUCAAAUGCGAUUAGGUAUGCCGGAUACUAACGGACGGGCUCCGCGGAACUGUACGUAGAGAUGAGGAUUCCUCCGGUGUGGGCGCUGGGCGCUUGCCAGACUGGGUGAAGUGAUAGCUGAGAGGGAAACCUGCUGAGAAAAAACACCACCUGGGACUGCUGAGGAGGACCUCUGUGCAGGUUCACACGGCCGUCGGCAGGGUGGAGCUUCCUGACCCAUGGAGAACUACUUCCAGGCCGAGGCCUUCAACCUGGACAAGGUGCUGGACGAGUUCGAGCAGAACGAAGAUGAGACAGACACUCCUAUUCUCUCGGAUUCCAAGUGGACCCAGAUCCUGGCCCCGCCAGCCCACCUGCUCUCUUUGAACCCCGCCCUGGCCCACGCAGACCUCAGCCCCCGGGAGAGUCCGCUGCCCUUUAAGACCCUCCCAGACUCCUCUUCCAGCGUCUCCCCGGGGGCCGACCCUAAAAGACAUCCCAGUCCUGAACUUCCAACCUGGGUAGAAGAGAGGCCAGCAGACGUCCACAGCCCACCACUCCCACAGCCCAACAUCGGCAAACUGGUGGGGACCGACGACCUCUCGCCGCCCCCUGUGACGGCAUGUAGUGCCGUGGAGAAUGGUUGCCCUGCAAGCCCACAACAUGAUGGGCUGAGGGAGGAGAUAAGUUCUCCUCCAGACAACCAGGCUGGUGCUUCUGACCAGACGGUUAAAUCUCAUCAGGAGGAGAGAGCUACCUCAGCAGGACGAGGAAGCUCCACUGUCAGUCACACUCACUUUACCUUUGAGCUCGGAUUAGGACAAGAAGAAGCUCCGUCUGAGAAGAUUCUUCCAAAUGUGGAACCAACAGCACAAAUUGGAGAAAGUAUCCAAGAGGAGGCCAGUAUAGCUGUUUUACAGGACUGUGGUCAAGACAGACAAACUGCAAACUCAAAAGAGGACCAGGGAGACAGUCCCCUAAAUGGGGGGAGAGACGGUCAGGCUGAUAGUGAGGCAGAGGAGAAUGGCAUGUCUCCUCCUGACCCGGUCGGAGUGGAAAAGGAGAGCAGAUGUGGUCCAGAGGGACAGAUAGAAGAGUUCCUCCGAAUAACCAGCCUUCCUAAUGGUUUAGAGCAGGAGAGGAGUAGUCAUUCCAAGCUGAAAGAGACAGAAGAGAAAGAGGAAGAGGAGGGUUUUUCUCCCUCUCCUGUCCCCUCCAAAGAGGACUCUGUGCUGGAGGAGAAAGAGAUGGAGGAGAGCAAGCAGGAGAGCAUCGAUGGAGGAGCAAUGGGGUCAGGUAGCAUCCAACCAAAACUCAACAACAACCGGCUGCAGCCGGUCAGUGUUCCCUAUGGAGGGGCAAGGCCGAAGCAGCCGGUCAGCCUCAAACUCCAGAUUCCACAGCCGCUGUCGGGCCAGGUCCAAAACCAGCUUGGCCCGUCCACUGUCAGCAAGAACAAGAACCUUGAGAACCAGUGUCGGAGAGGGACACCAUCUGAAACAACGCUCAGUGGGACUGAUCAGACUGCAGUCGGGGUGAACGGAGAUAGUGUUGUCCACUCUCCUUCCCUGAUGCCUUCAGAGAGCCCAGACAAUGACCUCCAGGCAGGCCAACAGGGUGCUCUUUGCAAGAAACCUGCCAGCUCCCUGGGAGAGGUUGCCCCUGUGUGGGUGCCCGACUCCCAGGCUCCUGUCUGUAUGAAAUGUGAUGUCAAGUUCACCUUCACCAAGAGGAGGCACCACUGCAGGGCCUGUGGCAAGGUGUUCUGUGCGACGUGCUGCAGUCUGAAGUGUAGACUAACGUACAUGGACAGGAAGGAGGCCCGUGUCUGUGUCACCUGUCAUUCUGCUCUGACGAGUGCCCAAUCAUGGGAGACACCGGCGACGGGAAGCAACCAGAGUCCGAACCCCAACAACCCAGCAGAGUACUGCUCCACAAUCCCCCCUCUGCAGCAGGCUCAGGCUUCUGGGGUACUCAGCUCCCCUCCUCCCACCGUCAUGGUGCCUGUGGGAGUCCUGAAACAGCCUGGCAACGAGGGGUCCCUCUCACGUGAGCAGAGGAGGGUGUGGUUCGCUGAUGGGGUCCUACCUAAUGGAGACACAGCAGAGUCCCCCAAACCUCCGACCUCCAGUCAAGCUCCGUCCCAGUCAUUGGCCAUCUCCACGUGUUCAAACAAAUCCUCCACUUCUGAUUCCUCAGAGGCAGCCCAUACACCUGCUGCCCCGGUGGGCAGUCCCGUGGGCAGCUCCCUCAGUCUCAUUCCGGAGGACGGGCUCCCUCCCAUCCUCAUCUCCACCGGAGUCAAAGGAGGUACGGGAGGCCACAUCACAGACUAUGCAGUGGAGGAGAGGCCGUCGGAGAUCGUCCUCAUGCAGCAGCUGGAGGAGGGAGGCCCAGACCCCCUGGUGUUCGUGCUCAAUGCUAACCUGCUCGCCAUGGUCAAGCUUGUCAACUAUGUAAACCGGAAGUGCUGGUAUGUGACGACUAAAGGCAUGCAUGCCGUCGGCCAGGCAGAGGUGGUCAUUCUGCUCCAGUGUCUCCCUGAUGAGAAGACCAUCCCUAAAGACAUCUUCACCCACUUUGUGCAGCUCUACCAAGAGGCCCUCAGCGGCAACGUGUUGAGCCACCUGAGUCACUCCUUCUUCACGCAGAGCUUCCUGGGCAGUAAGGAGCAUGGCGGCUUCCUCUAUAUCAGCCCCUCCUUCCAGUCAUUGCAGGACCUCCUGCUACCAAACCCGCCUUACCUCUUCGGCAUCCUGAUCCAGAAGUGGGAGACGCCCUGGGCCAAGGUCUUCCCCAUCCGGCUCAUGCUGCGGCUGGGCGCAGAGUAUCGAUUUUACCCGUGUCCGCUGUUCAGUGUUCGCUUCAGAAAACCACUCUUCGGAGAGACAGGUCACACUAUCAUGAACCUGCUUGCUGACUUUCGUAACUACCAGUACACGCUACCGGUGGUCAAAGGGCUGGUUGUGGACAUGGAAGUGAGGAAGACGAGCAUAAAGAUCCCCAGUAAUCGCUACAAUGAGCUGAUGAAGGCCAUGAACAAGUCCAACGAACACGUGCUGGCCAUGGGGGCAUGUUUCAACGACCGGGCUGACUCCCACCUGGUGUGCGUCCAGAACGACGAUGGGAACUAUCAGACACAGGCUAUCAGCAUCCAUCACCAGCCACGCAAAGUUACUGGAGCCUGCUUCUUUGUGUUCAGUGGUGCUUUGAAAGCCUCGUCAGGCUUCUUAGCGAAGACCAGCAUUGUGGAAGAUGGUGUGAUGAUCCAGAUCACAGCGGAGACCAUGGACUCUCUACGGCAAGCGCUGAGGGAUAUGAAGGACUUCACCAUCACGUGCGGCAAAGCCGACCAGGAGGAGAACCAGGAGCUCGUCGCCAUCCAGUGGACGGAGGACGACCACAACUUCAACAAGGGUGUGAUCAGUCCGAUUGAUGGAAAAUCUAUGGAGUCCAUCACCAGCGUCAAGAUCUUCCACGGCUCCGAGUUCAAGGCCAACGGCAAAGUCAUCCGCUGGACCGAGGUCUUCUUCCUCCAGAGUGAGGACCAGCCCAACGGUCUGAGCGACCCUGCCGACCACAGCCGGCUGACGGAGAACGUGGCGAGAGCUUUCUGCAUGGCGCUGUGUCCACACCUGAAGCUGCUGAAGGAGGACGGCAUGGCCAAACUGGGACUGAGGGUCACACUGGACUCUGACCAGGUGGGUUACCUGGCAGGAAGUAAUGGUCAGCCUCUCCUGCCUCAGUACCUGAGCGACCUGGACAGCGCUCUGAUCCCCGUCAUCCACAGCGGGGCGUGUCAGCUGAGCGAGGGCCCCGUGGUCAUGGAGCUGGUCUUCUACAUCCUGGAGAUCAUCUCCUAGGAGCUGGACGCAUCCCACCAACCUGGAGCUUCACCUCCAAACAUCCUUUUUUUCCUUUUUUUUUUUUCUUUUUUUAAAAUCUUCUGACGUCAUCUCACAGCCUGGUCCUCAUUCCCUCCGUCAUCUCCCUUCAACUGUUUGCACUUCAAAAGAGCCCGACAACUGUGCCGUGCCAGGCGGGGUAGCAUUCCUCAAGUCGAAACCUAUGCAUCCAACCACCGUCUUUCCUGCUCCGGAGGUCGCCUGGGGCCCGAGGAAGCUCAGAGCAGGAUCAUCUGUCACGCGGCAUCUUUCACCUCGCCCGUCAGGUGCUCCGAUCACACUGGGUCCGUCCUGUUACCCACACUGUACACACUGUACUGCGGUACUUGCGAGCGGUCAAGUGGCUGUUGGCGUGAAGCGUUUCCAGUAACUAUUGGUUUUAUCUAAUUUUCAAAUGAUAAACAAAUAAUGCUGAUCAACCGCGCAGUGUUAUGGUCAGAGAUAAAGUAAAGAAACGCACACUCAGGAGCUGAGGAGAGGAAUACAAUUAAUAAAGACACGACAUCAGCUUAUGUAGAAGCAGAGAAAUCACGUUCUUCUGUCUGAUAAAAUGUUUAAGAAAUGUAUAUCAAAAAGUUACUGAUGAAAGGAUGUUUGGAUAUUUAAUACAUUUUGAUAAUCAGUUUCAUCAAGAAGUAUAGGUUGUUAAUAUUAAGUGAUAAUCAUCUGUGGAUGUUCUGCCAUUAAUGUGUAGUUUUGGGCAUGAGUAAUAUUAGGUUAAUAGGCUAAUGCCACAAGCUUCUUAAUCUGUGCUGAUUUUUGGUCCUAAAAGCAGCUUAUUGGAGCAGAAAGUGCCGCCGGAGUGGUGUGGCGCAGUAGACCGUGAUGAAUUGUGAGAUACUCUUUCAAGAACCGUAUUGAUCAAGUGUUUCAGAACAUAACUCUUAAAUGUAGCCCUGCCCUCGGUAAUUUUAAACGAAUGAAUGAAUAGUUGGAUGAACAAAACUAGGGCUGCAGCUAACGAUUAUUUUCAUUAUCGGUUAGAUUUAGAUUCAGUUAGAUUGAUUAUUUUUCUUGGUUUAUUGAAAAAACAUCAGAAAACGGUGAAACAUGUCCGUCACAAUUUCCUAGAGCUCAAGGUGACGUCAGUAAAUGUUUUGUUUUUCCUGACCAACGGUCAUAAAACCCACAGAUGUUCAGUUUACCAUAAAGGAAGAAAAUCAUCAAAUUGUCACAUUUGAGAACAUGGAACCAUCAACUUUUUGGCCUUUUGGCUUGAAAACUGACUUAAACUAUGAAUCGAUUAUUAAAAUAGUUGGCGAUUUAAUUUUGUUCUAAAAAUAAUACCACGAUCUGUGUGAACACAACUCAUAACUUGACGCUGAAUGGCAGGGAAAUGUAUUAAUCUGUGAUUUAUCGGAGGAGCUGUAGGAUCCAUCAAAGAUAGAUUUAUUCCUACAGAAAUUGCCGGUUGUGACAGACCCAAAUUAAUAAUAGCUGGUUUAAAAGCCGCAUUUUCCCCGUCGCCAUGAGGUUCAGCUCAGUUUUUGUGGAGAAAGCGACGAAAAACAGAUAAUUAAAUCUUUUAAUAAGCGAAUAAUGAUUAACGGCCAUCUCUCUCACUGAAUGUGUGUAUACACAGGACUCUGCAAAAGUUUUAGGCACUAAAAGUAAAGUGAGGCUGCUUUCAAAAAUAAUAGCAUGAAUAGUUUUUAAAGUGCAGUCAACAGAAAAAACUUAAGUCAAAAUCUGUUGUGACCAACCUUUGCCUUUUAAAACAGCACCAGUUGCCCAUAAGUACACUGGCACACAGUGUUUCAAGGUACUUGGCAGGUACUUUGUUCCAGCGUAUUGGAGAACCUGCCUCAGUUCCUCUGCGGGUUCAGGCUGUCUCGGUGUCUUCUGUCCCUUCAUGUAAUCCCAGACUGACUCCAUGAUGGCGAGAUCGGAGCUCUGUGGGGGACAGGCCAUCUGUUUGCGGGACUCCUUGUCGUUCUUGUCUCUCUCCGAAGACAGGUCUUUAUGACUCUGGCUGUGUGUUCGGGCUCGUUGUCCUGCUGCAGAAUGAAUCCGGGACCAAUCAGACGCCUCACUGAUGGCACUGCAUGCUGGGUAGGAAUCUAAGGUGCCCAGGAGUUUAGCAGAUGCAGUACUGUCUGUCUACCUGAACGCCUUCUCCUGGCCACUCCUGACAGUUAGAAAGUUGAUCAAAUGCUUUUAUGCCAAAUUCUAAACAUAAGUAUGUGAAUUUUUGGCUGGUUAGUUGCUUGCCAAACACAGGCCCUUCAAAGAAGUAUUAGUAGAAGUGUGGGAUUAGUGUAGUGUGUGUGGCUAUUUUCCAGACGUGGGGCACAUUUGCCUACAACUUGGCGACGCAGCCUCAAGUGUGGCUAUUUGGACGGACCCACGGUAUGACUCCGGCGUGGUGUUACGUAGCUCCUCGGCCUCCUAAUCAACCGUCAGUCCAACGUCACUGUGGCAGCCGGGGGUCCUGAAACUCGGAACUCAGAGGCCCCUGUGUAGCACAGAUGCUCUUACAAGGGAGACUCAUAUCCACCGAUGAAGUUGGGACUAUUCCUCUGAAGUUACAUUAACAAGGAAAACCAUAAAUCAUCCAACGAGAAGGGAGAGCGUGCCUCUGCGUGGUGAUCUAGUUUUUUUUUUUUUUUUUUGCACCGUGGUGCUCAGUGCCUGCAGCAGCAAUUCAUUGGGGGGGGGGGCAUCUCAGCUUCAACUCUUAAGCUUUACUCAUCAAUCAUCAGAUGCUUUACUUCAUGGACAAAUGCACUGACUCGUUGUACAUAUUUUUGUAGGCGGAACGAUUUCUCCUCCAUCGUAACUGUAACAUCUGUAGCCUCCAGAGAUCCCACUGAAAGACAGUUUUAUUCAAGUGACCGCCACAGACUCCUCUGCUCUGUGAAAUAAGAUUACACGUUACUCUGAAGUCAGAAAGAAGGCCCUCUGUCCUACAGUAGACAGCUGAUUUAAAAAGAAAAAAA